AUGAGCACCCGAGUGUCCUGGACCUUGCAGGAGCUGGAGAGCGUAUUGAGGGAAAGGCAGCAGGACCGCAUGGGACCCGAGGAGAGGAAGAGGAAGGGCAUGGUCCCCUACCUCGGAUUGUUUCUUGCUGACCUGCCUAAAGAGAAACUCCUGGAGCAUAAUGAGGACGUCGCUAUCCUCCAGGACGAGAUCAUGGUGCACAAGCACAUGGCCGGGGUGUAUGACCUGGAGAGGGACGAGCACUUCAUGUCCUCUGUCCAGGCCCUGGAGUUCCUGGAUGAGGAGCAGAGCUACACGCUGUCCUGCCAGCUGGAGCCCCCAGCCCAGAGGGCCGGCAUAAAGGGACUGUUGCAGUUCUUCAGGCCCCACAAGAUGUAAACUUACGGGCCGGCCAGGGCCAGCUGCUGUCAUCGGGCCCGCGGCCCUGCUGGUGUCCUGGCUGCAUGUGGAGGAGAGCUGCUUCCCCUUUGGGCAGGCGGCGCUUGGCGCCCCAGGACCCCAGUCUGCUUGCUGCUCCUCUUCCUCCCGCUGCUCAUCCUGAGCCCCUGCUGGGGCAGCUGCUCUGGCACCUCCUCCGUCGGCCACCUCGGGAAGCUCCCCAGGCUCCCA